AUGCGAGCCUACUAUCACGACGGUGACAGUGCAACUGACCAACGCCUUCCGCACGAGCACAUACCUUAUUCUGCAGUGGCACCAGAAGAAUUAAGUCGACUCGGAGUUCUCUACUGGAGAAUUGAAAAACAAGGCAAUUGGCAGGAGCAGAUUGAUGCCGUUGCCCAAGAAAGAUCUUAUAAAAAUCGCGAUGUUAUCAAAGUCUCCAAAGAAGCAAUGGGAGAUGUGUAUGAGAGCAAGUUGAGGACAUUUUAUGAAGAACACCUCCAUGAAGAUGAAGAGAUUCGCUAUAUUCUUGACGGAUCAGGAUACUUUGAUGUGAGAGAUGAACAAGACAGAUGGAUUCGUAUCGCUGUUACGACAGGCGACCUACUUGUCCUGCCAGCAGGAAUCUAUCACCGCUUCACGCUUGAUGCCAACGAUUACAUAGAAGCUAUGAGACUUUUUAAAGACGAGCCGAAAUGGACACCUAUUAAUCGCCCGGCUGACGCCAAUCCAUUCAGGUUAUCCUAUCUUCAAUCAGUUAGAAGCGCAGUAUGA